UCGGAGGCUGCACCAAGCCCUAUCGCGAUCUGUGAGCUCCGUGUACCAAGAGCACUUUAUGUCGAGCUCUCAAAGCGAUGGCGACUCCAGCGCGGUCUCCCUUCCCCAACGAAGAAUACACAGUUGGAUGGAUCUGCGCUCUGGCGGUCGAGCUAGCGGCGGCAAAGGGUAUGAUGGAUGAGGUACAUGGGGAGCCACAAACUCCACCAGCUGAUGCGGACAACAACUCGUACAUCUUGGGAUCCAUGGGAAGGUUCAAGGUCGUCGCGGCCCGUCUACCUAUACACCAACUCGGUUCCUCCUCGGCAGCAGCAGUUGCCAAAGAGAUGCUCUUCACGUUUCCGAGGAUUCGCGUCGGUCUCCUUGUUGGUAUUGGCGCAGGUAUACCGGACUACGCCAAUGAUGUCGAUAUCCGCCUGGGAGACAUUGUCAUAAGCAGCAGCCCCCAAGCUGGAGGAGUAGUUGUCUAUGACUUUGGAAAGGCACUUGCAGAUGGGUCCUUCGAGAGCCUUUCUGUAUUGAACAGCCCUCCGAGGUCCUUGGGCUCUGCUCUUGGAAAGCUCCAAACAGAGCACCUGAUGCAAGAAAACAAGAUAGCGUACUAUAUCGAGCAAAUGCUGGGGAAAUUUCCGCUUAUGCGCAGCAAGGGAUACUCUCACCCCGGCCAUUCGGCUGAUCGCUUGUUUCGACCCAGCUAUCUCCAUGCUACUGGCAAAUCCUGCGCCAAAUGUGAUCCCUCAGCGGAGAUUAGCCGCGAACCACGACUGGACGAGAGCCCUGUGAUCCAUUAUGGAACCAUCGCAUCCGGUAAUACGGUCAUCAAAGACGCACUUAUACGAGACUCGAUUCGGGACAGACAUGGUGCGAUAUGCCUAGAGAUGGAGGCAGCAGGGUUGAUGAAUAAUUUCCCUUGUAUUGUCAUCCGUGGCAUCUCAGAUUACGCCGAUUCCCAUAAGAAUGACCGAUGGCAGCCAUUUGCCGCUGCUACAGCCGCUGCUUGCGCAAAGGAGUUUCUGGAACAUGUACAGCCCAAGGCUAUUGAGGCCGAGCCUGCAGCUAAAGAUAUCCUGUAUCAAGUCCGUGACGAUGUGGCCGAAAUCAAAGAAUUUGUCAUGACCGAACAUUCUCGACGUAUUCUCGAUUGGAUCACCGAGUUAGACUUUGACCGUCAGCAUAACGACAACUUAAAGUCAAGGCUCGAAGGGACAGGUCUCUGGCUCCUACAGUCGGAGGAAUUCAACCAGUGGAUCAGCCAACCUCAACAAACACUGUUCUGCCCCGGAAUCCCAGGAGCUGGAAAGACGAUCCUGUCCUCGAUUGUAGUAGAACACCUAAGAACAAAGUUUCUGGGUGAUCCAGAAAUACGCAUUGCGUGCUUGUUUUGCAGUUAUCAACCAAGCUUCCAACAAGCUACACUCGAUUUCCUACUAAGUCUUCUCAGACAACUUGCAAUAAAAGGCUCAUCCGUCCUCCCAAACAUUGACCAGAUGUACAAAAGCCACACAGGCAAUAAAACACGCCCGAGUGUCAAGCAUAUCCUGCCCGAGCUAUCACGAACCGCGCGGUCAUUUCGGAGAAUCUUCAUCGUGAUCGAUGCCUUGGAUGAAUACUGUUCUUCAAACCCAAAAGAGCUGCAGGACUUACUCUCGGCCUUAUUCACGUUUCAGAAAGAUGGGCCGGUAAAUAUCUUCGCAACCUCUCGUCCUAACUCGGAGAUUAUGUCACAGUUCGAGGGAUGCAUCCAAAGGGAAAUUCGCGCGCAAGACGACGAUAUCUUAAGAUACGUAAACACAACGUUACCUACCUUACUCCGGUCAAAGAUCUCGCGGUAUCCCAGUGUUCAAGACGAGGUUCGUCGUGAGGUUGUGAAGAGCGCAGAUGGGAUGUUCUUACUCGCAACAUUACACAUGGACCACUUGAAGGGAUAUCUUACAGUGGGUGACCUCGAAGAAGCUCUCGCUCACUUACCCCGUGGGAGGACCGGACUGGGGAAAGCCUAUGAUCACGCAAUUGGCAGAAUUGAAUCCCAAUCUGAACCGUGUUAUCAAAUGACAGUCAAAGUUCUGUCUUGGUUGACGUACUGCAAGCGGGCGCUCUUUGCCAAAGAGCUUCAACAUGCGCUUGGGACUCGGUCUGGCCAGAGCGAUUUGGACCGGAACCUCUUGCCGGAUAUUGACAUUAUUGAUUCCGUCUGCGCGGGCUUGGUGGUUCUCGAUCAAAACACCGGACUAAUUCGCUUGACUCACUACACAACGAAGGAGUAUCUCUUGGGGCACCCUGCUUUAUGCAAUUCAGAAGCAGAAAUUGCCCAGACAUCCAUCACAUAUCUUUCCUUCGCGGCUUUCUCCAGCGGAUGCUCUACAACCCGUAUUGAUUAUAAGCGCCGGCAACAGCUUUAUCCUCUUCAUCAUUACUGUGCGAAGUAUUGGGCAGUACAUGCCUCAGCGGCUCUAGGUACAUCGAAAGAAUUGAUGACGCAUAUCGUUACAUUUUUGGAGAAAGAAUCAAAUUUGCAUGCGGCUGGGCAAGUUAUGAUGGUCCAUUCUGUCCUAGGUGAUAGACUGGACUUGGCUAGCGAUUGGCUAGACUUUAUUCCGCGUCGAUUGACAAAGGUACAUAUCGCAGCUAGUGGCGGUUUAACCAGCAUCAUUACCGAGUAUAUACGUCGAAAUGAGGAGGUGGACAUUCGAGACGCCGAGGGCGGAACGCCGCUUGCCUAUGCUGCUAAAGCCGGCCAUCUUGACACUACCAGAGUUCUUCUCGAAUCAAAGCGUGUCGAUCCUGACUCGAAGGAUACGGACGGCCGAACACCUCUAUUACAUGCAGCUUCUGGGGACUAUAAAGAGGUAGUCCACGUUCUCCUUCAAUACGGGGCAUGCCCAGAUCAUAAGGAUAGAUUUGGUUACAAUGCAUUAGGUGCUGCUGCUGUGUCUGGGGAUAUUGAGAUGAUGCGGCUUCUACUUGAUCACGGCGCUCAAAUCAAUCAACGGUGCCCGUCUUGUAGUGAAUACGAUGGUACUCCUCUAAUGAACGC